AUAUAUAUAUAUACACAAAACUGAGCUGCUUUAACUGAGUCUUGAUCAAAUUAAAAUAAUUUGACUUUUUUUUAAUGGAGGACUAUUGGACCCCAGACUGAAGUGAUUUUGUGAAACGUUAAGGAGGUUUAACUUGUGCAUUGUUUUUAUUUUUUUCCUUCUAGACAAUCUGAGCCUAGAUGCCAUUCAUACCUGAACAGUACCAGACUUUAAACCCAUAGCGCUGUAAAAAUCAAAACGCCUCAAAAACCUUGUCAUCUGAAUUAUCUUUGGGUAUAAAUUAUGAAUGUAGGAAGUUUGUAAUUCCAAAAGAAAGAAAAAAAAUCUACAUAAAUCAUCAGGUGACGUGUCAGUCAUUCUGCUCCAGCUGUUAAUGCAGACUUUUCUCAUUCAUACUUGUGCAUCGUGUCACUUCUUCCAGUGUGGAAAAACCGAUUUAAGGGAGGAUUCUUUAAUAAAAUACAACAUAUCACAAUUUGAGGAGUGAAAAAAACACCACAUGAUGAGAUGAAAUUGCCUGGGUGUGUAGAAAAAAAACAACCGAAACAAAGAAACGUUCAUUUAUUUGGGUCAUUCCAACGGUUGCCUGUGUCUAAAACGAUUUACUUAAGCUGAAGUUGCGCAUGAAAACUGACUGCCAAACUGACUGUACAUCAUGCUUUUGUUUGUAAAAAAAAAAAAAAAGAAGGAAAAAAAAGUUUCUGUAGAGUCGGUGUGUUUUUUUUGUUUUUUUUUCUUGCUGAUCUUUUUACAUGCUGUCAAAUAUGCUGAACUUUUAAACAAAACAAAAAAAUGUCAAAUAUUCAGGUUUUUUUUUCUUAUUUGUUGUUUCAACAAUUAAACAAAUUAUAUAAGCUAAAAUAACCUGGAAAAAAAAAGAAGUAUUUUUUUAAAAACCUAUCCAAACUAGCUUUUUCCUGUAUAAGUUACAGUACAGAUAUUGACAAGUUGGACUUGAUGAGCACAAAUAAACCCGCCUAAAUUAGGUUUUACUUAGAGAAUCAAAGCAGGGAACAAAUUAGCUUUGGCUCCAACUCCUGAAGUGUAUUAGCAGAUUUUGUUUUCUUCUUUUCUGUAAUUACUCCUCUGAUGUUGCAUCAAGUCUUGCUCUUAUCCCUUAAGGGGGAAACAUUUGCUUCCUUAUCCCAGAGCUUCUCCUGGCUACCGCUUACAGCUGAAAUGGUUAAGAAGAUUUGGCAGCUCAGCAGGAACUAGCCAGCCAGCCGGUGAGGGAGGAACCGGCCUCCGGGGGCCCAGAGGCAGGCGGCUCACUUGCCCAGGAUUAAGUGGGAUCGAGAGAGAUUACAGCCCUCUCUCUCUCUCUCGUGUUUCCCCCUGUUGCUCGAUGAAAGCGUAGGACUCUGUCCACUCUCAGGGGAAUAUAUUUUCUCAACAAACUGAUUUAUAGUUUUCUCUUCGAUUGGAGGACGGCGUGGAAGAGGACUUGGAUACCUCAGGUAAGACAUGAUGUUGGAUAGUUGAAGAAGGAAGAGUUGGUGGAAGGCCGCAGGGCAGUGGUUACCCCCUUUACUGGCUCCACCUACUUUCACAACACUUUACCGACCGAUCUAUCAUCCUAAGUGAGCUUCACUUUUCAGGACAGUCGGACCUGUUGACGCGGUAACAUCUCCCUAAAGUUGAUUCUUGGAGUUGUGGCUGCCCAUUGUGCAAAUCUAGUUUGCUUUCUCUGGAUUUCUGAUGAACUCUGGUGUGUCGUUCGUCAGUCAGAGAUUAUCAUCCGUUUCCAGAUCACUGAUGUCAUAAAGCGUGCCAUUAACAUUUGACCUUAUUCAUACUGGCAGAGCUGGAACUACAUGCUCCUGCUUCAUCACACUGCCGGCCUACACUAUGGAUUGCUCCCUUUUUUUAAAGUAGACAAACUUACAGAUUUUUGAAAUAUUCUAAAUCUGCUGCCUUGUUAAAAUUAACUUAAUUCUGUAUUGUGCAUGCCUAAAAUACACUUUAAAUGGUAGUGAUGCUAUCAGGGCCACCAGUGGAGGGGGCUGUGGUGCCGUUUUGAGGCCACAUUAAUAAACUGUGGCAUCAGUAAGGAGUAAUAUUUGAAUGAAUUGUCCACGUUAACAUUUACCAAAUUGACAAAUGUUUUUUUGUGUUUGUUUAGAUUUUGGAAUACUGUUUCCAAACUGGUGACUGCUUAGGGUUCGUUGUAAGUUAUCAUAUUGUUCACGUCUAGCAAAUGAUUUAUGCCUAACUCAAUAUUUGUUGCUAACUUCGGUUUUGUCCGUCCUUUUUCUGUACACCCUUGUCCCUAAUGGGGUGUCAGUUUUGUUUUUAAUUGAUUUUAGAGCUGCAAUCAUGUGGAGUUCCUCAAGGCUCCAUCUUUGGGCCACUUAUGAUAAGAAUUAUGAUAUGGAUUUCUCAAUUAUAGGUAGUUAGGCUUGUGUCUGGGCUAACAAUUUUGAAAAACAGCCUUUAAAAACGUGUUCAAAGACAAAAAAACCGCACUUAUCAAAGCUUAAAUGUCAAGUUUUCAGUCACACAUUUGAGCUGAGAACCCAUUUGUAAGAGUUUUCAAAGACAUGUCUGAAUAAUGCUUUAUCAAAAUCAUAAUAUUACUAGGGCUUCAAUCACAUGUGGAGUUCCUCAAAACUUUGUUCUUGAGACCUCUUUUUUUGUAUAUAAGGAUGGCUUAAAACUGCAGGGAAUGUUCAAAACAUUUCUUGUAUUCUUUUAUUAUUUUGCAAAUUUGAAUUUAAUUAUUCUAACAAUAACUUUGGCAUUAGGGUUAUGUCAAUUUCUUUUCCAUUUUGUACAUCUUCCUUUCAGAGCUACAACACAUUACAAACUGUAAAUGGGACAAUUUUGAAGGUGCACUAUAGUGCGAUGUCAUGUACCACAUCCAUUUUAAAAAAAAAGAGAUAGCUUAACACACAUUCUGUCUAAAUCAACAUUUUAUUAUAUAUAAAAAAAAAGGACUUGACCAUAUAUUACAGAAAAGUAAAAUAACACGGAUCAAAGAAGCUCUCUGAUUUACAUCCAUUAAUCCUCAGGUUUACCGUCUGUCCUGGUGAUCAACCAACAGGUGGUCGGGGGUCCAGGGAUCAUGAGGCAGGCGGUGGAGGCUCAGGUCGUAACUCCGCCCUUUGAGCUUGGAGAGCAAGGCCUGCGGCAGAUCCUGUCGGACGUGAUCGAGGAGGUGAGACGCUCUGUUAGUCAGGACAUUGAUGGAGCAGAGGUCCUCCACAGUCUGCUGACCGCGUCCUGGCUGCAGUCGCUGCUUAAGGUGUACGAAUGUCUUCAAAGGCAUCUGACAGACUGCCCAACUCCAGCUCUGGAUUUUGCUUCAGGACUCUCGCUUCAGUUGCUGGUAGACAUCAGAUCGCUCCCGUACUGUUCUGAAGAAGCCAAAGAGUUGUACCAUCUCCUCCGACAGCCGCACAUGCAGGCUCUUCUCUCGGCUCACGACACCGUGGCCCAGAAGGACUACGAGCCGGUGCUGCCGCCGAUGCCGGACGAGCUGCCGGACGAUGAGGAGGCCACCAGAAUCGUCUGCCUGGUCAAGAACAAGCAGCCUCUGGGAGCGACCAUAAAGAGAAACGACAUCACGGGAGAGAUUUUCGUGGCUCGUGUUAUUCACGGAGGGCUGGCCGAUCGAAGUGGCCUGCUUCAUGCAGGAGACAGGAUUAUAGAGGUGAAUGGUUUUCCUGUGGACGGAAUGGAGCCUGAGCAAGUUAUCCAAGUGGUGCAAGCUCGGUCACAUGGCACCAUCAUGUUUAAGGUCAUUCCCAUCACAGAGAGGCCGAUCCACAACCAGACCAUGCUCUACGUCCGGGCCAUGACCGACUACAGCCCUCAGCAGGACCCUACCAUCCCGUGCGCUGACGCCGGGAUGAGCUUCAAGAAAGGCGACAUCUUGGAGAUUGUGGACCAGACCGACGCCCUCUGGUGGCAAGCCAAGAAGCUGCCCGGCAGCUCGGCCUGUGCCGGACUCAUACCUUCCACUAACCUGCUCAAACGGAAGCAGAGGGAGUUCUGGUGGUCCCAGCCGUACCAACCACACGUCUGCAUGCAAAUCUUGAGCACCGUCGACGAAGAGGAGGAUUUGAUGGCCAUUGAUGAGAGAUGUGUGGAAGCAGAUGAGGAGGCAUUUGAAUCUGAGGAGGAUGACUUCAGCAGCAACAUUGAAGGAGUUUACUUGGCGGGGUUCAGGCGCAGCAUCCGUCUGUGUCGGCGGCGUUCCCAGUGCACAACUCAGCCUUCCUCCCUCAUCCGCUGUCCCAGCAACUGCAGCAGCGUCCUGAAUAACCCUUAUGAGGAGGUGGUCCGGUACCAACGCCACCCAGAGGACACGCAUCGCGUCAUUGCCCUCAUAGGUUCAUCUGGUGUAGGUGUGAAUGAACUCCGGCGGCGCUUGAUCGAGAUGAACUCAAACAUCUUCCAGGGAGCUAUACCUCACACAACAAGAAGUCCAAGAGGGUACGAGGAAUCCGGGAGAGAAUAUUACUUCACCAGCCGAGAGAUCUUUGAUCACAUGAUCUCCAAUAAUCGGUUUCUGGAGUUUGGCGAGUACAAAGGUAACCUUUAUGGAACUAGCGUUGAUGCUGUGAAAGACGUUUUAAACAGCGGAAAGAUCUGUGUCGUUGACAUAGAGCCAAACGUUGUUCAGGCAGUGAGGACUCAUGAGCUGAGAGCGUACAUUAUCUAUGUGAAGCCCCCGCCUCUGGAGCGCCUCAGGGAGACGAGACAGGACUCGUACAUCACCACCAACUACUACGUCAACCGUCCAUUCAAAGAUGAAGACUUCCACGAGAUGGAGGAGUCGGCCCGGAAGAUGGAGGCCCAGUACUGGCAGUUCUUUGAUCAGGUGAUCGUCAACGAUGAGCUGCAGGACUCCUGUGUCCAGCUGCUGACCGCCGUCAGGAAGGCACAGGAUGAACCACAGUGGGUCCCCGCCUGCUGGAUCCGACCCACGGCCGAAUCAUGAGAGAGAGGGAUUAGAGCACUCUUCGCCGGGAAGACACAAACGUUGAAAUGCAAAAUCCUUGCCUGGAUGUUUGAGGGUAGGCAAGCCAGGAAAUAUGUAAAUCCUUUGAACUGUAUGUAUGUGUGGAAAGCUUGUUCUGGUCUUUAAAUCUCUUUAAAUCCCAGAGGAGGACACAAAGCCCAAAGAAAUCCCAUAAAGUGUCACAAUUUCUUCUUUUUUUAAACCCUGCUCAACGUAGCUGUUUACUUAGAUGUGCUCUGUGUACUGGAUUGGAAGGUGUUUAGAUUAAAAUAAAUCCAUUUUGUACCUUGAAUGCAGCUCCCUUUUCAAUAAAGAAAAAAAAAACACACACAAAACUGAUUUGUGUGGGAUUUUUUUUUAAGACCAGAA